UUUGUCAACCAUAGUUUGUGAUAUGUUCGACUUGAAAUUGGGUUGAUUUGACUGAAUGCCAGCCAGGGGUUCUUAAGGCUCUCCCGGAUAGUCGUUUUGUUGAAAUAUCCCGCAGCCUCCAUUGUAGAAAAUGGACUUGUACCGUUAGCUAGCCAACUAUGCUAGCUGGUAACACUGUGGCGGCUAGAAAUAGUAUAUUACAUCAUUGUUGCUUAAACUCGUAACCGCGAUUACAAUUAUAACGGUAGUUGAUAUUAUCACACGCUGAAGUGUAACACUAGCUAGUUACUUGUUACAGGUGGCCACAUAUUGGCAGUAGCUAGUUGCGGCGGUUCAGUUGGCUGCCGAUGUUAGCAUCACAGCUAACGUUACACCCCCCAAUGAGGCAGCUGUAACGUCUGUCAAAUAUGCAUUUCCGCGUCGGGGUAGUAACGUGAGUUGGUUUCCGCCAUUAGAAAAAAUAAAUGAAAAAUAAAAUCCAUUUUACUUAUAUGGUUUCCGCAGUCUCUCUAACGUUACACUGUUUUUUUUAUGCCGAUGUUGCACCGAAAGCUGUGACCAAUUCGAUUCACAGACAUACGAACCGAAACGAGACUGAUGGGUGGUGUUGGUGGGGUAACACACAGAUUUACACUUCAGUUCCGGCCACUGGUUUCUUGCUACUAGCUAAUAAAUAUUGUAACCCGUCUAAUAGUAUUUAUGUAGGUUCACAUUAUCGACAGCUAUCAAAGUACAACAUGUUACCGUUGUAAAAACUGCACUGGUAAUAGCUGAGAGUCCUUGUUAGGUCACAGAAUACCAGAUAUGUUUGUUACUGUUAAACCUGUAUUUGAAUACCAUAUUGAAGUGAAUAUUUUUGGGUACUGAUUUAUUUUUUAGAAGAAAUGUCUUAAAGUCUGCUAUAUCCUAACUACUGUACCUGAUCAUUGCAGUCAAGACAUUCCUACAAACAAAGAAAUGUACCUCCUUCCUUCUUCUUUUACAGAACUGUCUCCGUAACUGUAAAAUCUGGUUUGUUUGUUUAUAAACAAUGGCAGCUUCGUAGUCAGUGUCCCUGAACACUCCCAAGGGAGUGGUAUGAAAUGCAGUCAUUUGGGAACAUUUUUAUAAUAUGACAUGGUGGACCUUUUCUUUAGGCUAUGUGUAAGUCUUAAAUGGACACAAGCCUUGUUUGACAGAUGCAAUCCGCUGAACACAUCGUUGGCUCCUUGCACUUUCAUUACGCAGUAAAAGCCCCCUACUUCAGUUAACUCCCAUCAGUUACGUAACUAUUAUUUUAAAGAAAUGCUGCAGCAACAUAUCACUUAAAUUCAUGUUUGUUGUGGAUUAUUUUCUAGAUCACAUCGUAACGUGAAUUUUGGUUGGUUGUGGUCUGACACGUCCUCCUUACAGUACAUACAAGCCUUGACUAACACUGGUUUGUGUCCUUGGGUGUGUCCGGCUAUCUGUCCCAGCAGCUCAUUAACUACAGGAAAGUGUUAUAAACUGUAUCCCAGGUGGGACAUAUCUGCUAAUCAUAGUGCUAUAAUAAAAACUAACAGGCCCCUCUUUUUUAGAAGACCUGGGUCAAAAACCAGUAGACUGCUGUUGUUUUUACACCAGUAAAAUGACUAGAGUAGUCUUUUUAGUUGUAUGGUAGGUGGUCUUAGCAGUGUGCAAAUCCAACUUUAAUUUCUUGAGAUACUUGCAACAUGACAUUUCUUAUUAAAUAUAACAUUAAUUGCAGCAUAUAACUUUGGGUUAUUUCAACUAAAGUCAGUUGUUUGGCAAUUGAUUUCAAAGUAGUCUAACAGGUUUUCACAAGGAAUGAAAAUACUAGGAUAAGCUGUGUUGAACUAACAACUUUUCAUUGGAAUGUUCCUGUUUAGAUUUUAAAAGGAUUUCAAAAUGGAUAUUCUGGCCCCCUUACAGACUUCUUUAGUGUUAAUUUCUGUAUCUACCUGUUGGAUUAGUUACCAAAGGUACAUGGUUGGUUUGUGGUUGCCAUAGCUACAUUGACAAAGUUUGAUACAGGAAGAAGUUUUAAGUGGGAUUGAGACAUUGAACAUUGGUUCCUUUCCAUGUGUAGGACUUGUUUAAGGCAGAAAGACUUGUUUGGUCAGUCUUACUGUGGUUGGACUGUGAAUCAAAUGUGCUUAGCCCACUUGAAGUUAAAUAUACUUGAAACAAAAUAUACAUUGGUGUGUUCUCAUAGUCAGCUUUGAUCACUUGAUGUGUUUACAUCUUUACACAUCAGCAUUCGCUCUGCAUGCUACCUAUUUUGUAGUGUAGUGAUUAUAAAGAUAUAGAAUAGGCCAUAGCUUUUUUUUUUUCCUUCCAAGAAACAUUUUCUUAUAAAAAUGACCACAAUUAGAGCUGUGUAUGGUAAUCACAAAUUGAGUUUUAGUAGCAGUAGUGGAAUCUGUAAAUUUCACUAAAACCCUUAGUUCAAUUUUCUUAAUACUGCCCAUGGAUGCUGUUAAAGUAAAUCAUAGGGCCUACAUGCUGAACUCACACACACCAUCUAACAGGAACAUGGUCUUUACUGCGAGGCAUUGCAGGACCUUGAGAGGAAUUUGGCCUGAGUAUAAGAGGGGUUAGCAGCUUGUUAACUAGUGUUGGAGCGCACGCACACAUGAACACAAACACAUCCUGUCAUUAUCGGCAGCCAAAUUCUGAAAGCCUAGUAUUUAUUACUUGACAGUACUACUAAUACCUUGUAGAUGAAAGAUUUCAGUUUAUAUUCUCACCUUUCCUCCCUCUCAUUCUCUCUGGCUUUAAGGUCAGACAAAUGCAGAAUAUAGUUGGGAUCAGAUAUCAAUAUUUAGAGUAUUGAUUAUGAUCAUUAGCUUUGUGCUUUUGAUUUCUAAAAUCCUUCCAGACAGUUUCCUAAUCAAUCAAUGUUAAAACAUGAAUGAAAAAGAUUCAAAUAUCACAGCUUGUGGUCUUUCUGUCUUUUAUUUAUAGUUAUAACAUAACGGCAUCAAAGGUAUUGUAUGCCAUGUUGCUGAUGUUUCUGCAUUAAAAAGAGCCUAGUUACUAGCAAAAGCAAAAAAAAAAAAAAAAAAAAAGUAAUGAGGGUUUUCAUGAAUCUAAUUGGUGCUUAAGAACACACUCAUGACUUGUGGAAAGAAAAGAAAUGUGAAGAUUCACAAGCAAUGGGAUGGUGAUUUCUUUCUUCGUUGUGUUGGCAGCAGUAUCUUGUAGAGGACGCACUUUAUCAUUUGAACAUCUGUUAGAAUACAUUCAUGCACAUUCUUAAGUGAUAUUGGUGCCAUUAUGGAUUGAGUUUUGUAAGAAGGGCAGUUUUCCAUUUUUGGCUCAUUUACUUCAAACCAACCUUAACCCUGGACUCAUGGCGAACUCCUGAGGUGUAUCACUCAGAAUCUGUUGUAACUGUGUGGAUAGGGGCUCCUGUCAGAGGGGGGCAUUUGGUGUGACCCAUGAUGCUGUCUAGGAGGUUAGCAGCCACCUGAUCCUCCCUAGGAGCCGCAACUGUAGCAGUGAGAUGACAGGCCACAGUUUAACACAUGCGUAUAGACACACACACACAAAAGCCCCGUGACCUCCCCCAGUCUGGACACUGUUACUCUCGCACACCUUGAAUCAAUUUUCCUGACACAUUUGGGUGGCCUGUCCUGGCCUCUACACACACCCAUUCUCUUUCUCUGUCAAAGGGUUGAAGGCUAUUCUUCUUUUGAACCACUGCAGGAGGUGGACACUUCAUCUGUGCAUCCAUCUUUACUGUACACCUGUUGGGGAGAUGGACGGACAACUAAGCCUUAACUGUCAUGCCUAGGCUUACACACACACACACACACACACACACACACACACACACACACACACACACACACACACACACACUUGUACAUGGAGGGACAGGGAGUGGGGUUCUUCAUUGCCUCACCCAGCUGGAGUCAGAUGCAGCCAGGGAAGGACAGCGUCUGGUCACGUUCACUCACAGUGCUUCAAGACACAAGGACAGAAAGAUCGACAGUUAGGCAGGCAGGCAGCAUUAUUGAAAGACAGACGGAUGGACAAGUAACCAGAAAAAACAUCAACAGAAGGACUGACUUUUCCAUCAGCUCUUUAACCAGCUCAUUGAAGAGAGACCUUGCCUGUCAGGUCAGUGCCAAUCCACUGACCUUUGCCACUCCAGAGGGAUUGUGAAAACUUCUGUCAUCCAGACAUCCACUCACACUGGAUGGAUUGAAAGACGAGUCCUGCAAUUAUCCAGUCAUCUGAUCACCAUUCAUGUGUCCAUCCAACUAUCUACCUAUCCACAAGGACUAAACUGUUUUGCCGUCUACUCAAAUCAAAACUCUAUCCAAAAUGUUCCUCGCCAAUACAGUUAUGUAACUUAAGAGAUGGCAAAAUCUGUCAUCCACCAUUCCCUCUGUCCAUCCGUUUUACAAAUCAGGAGCAACUGAUAGAUGUCUGGCCAUCGUUUUUUCCAUCCACCUAUUCCUUCCAUCCUAAGGCAUCAUUCCUGCCCUUCAUGCCAUCAUUCCCUCAUCAUGCAGCCUAAGAAAGCCACUCUGUACCCAGCAGAGGAUGAGCUGGUGAGCCUCUCCACCGUCUAUGAUCUCUUGGAUGAACAACAGCAUUACUACAAGGAGCUCAUCCAGCAGCAGGAGAGGAACUACAGAGCCUUCCUACAAAUGCUGAUGGACUCGUCAUCUAGCCGCAUGGACAGCCUGGUUAGAGAGAUGCAAGACCUGAGGAACUGCCUGCAGAGAACCAAGGCUGAGCUGGCCGAGGUUAAAAAACAGGGUGUCCAGAACAGCAAACGGGCUGAGUGUCUGGCUGAAGGCCUGGUGAUGGUGCGAGGGGCUCUGGAUGGCCUCAGCGUCAAAUCAGGAGUAAUUGGUGGAGGUACAGGAGGAAGAGGUGUGGAUCUGAUGCAAUGCAGAGGAGGUGGUGGGUUAAGGCUGGAUGGAGGAGGAAGAGGAGGUGGAGGCAGAGGUGGAGAGGCAAAAAAAACAGCACCAAAAGCAGUGAAGCUGGUGGCAGACCUCACAGAUAUCCACUUUGAUGACAUAAAGGUUGUACACAGAUGCACAAUCAGAGUGAAAUGUAUGGGUUAGCUAGAGCUUUUAGCAUCGCUUAAUGGUAUACUGGUGUUAAUGUAUGGCUUGUGGAUAGCCAAAAACUCCUGCUGUCCCUGUUUUGAGAUAGUACGUGGUUAAUGCUGGUCUCGUUUGCUGCGACUAGAUGUUAGUAUAAGUGUGCUCGGGCAGCCAGUCCCAAAAGUAAAAAAAGAAGAAAAGCGAAAGGAUCUUAGUCUAGUUUGUACGAGUUUGUGAUCCAGAGUGCUUCUUUGUCUUUGUGUCUGGUUAUGGUCGCAGCACUUUACUCAUGGCGCAUGCUUGUUUUAAAAGGAGUGUCCUUUAGACCGAUACUGGCUUUUCAAGGCUGAUACGAUUAUUAGUUGUUUGGAACCAAUAUGUGUUUACAGUGAAAAUGAAAAUCUUUAAGUCAAAAUUAAGAUUUUGGAAUGUUAUAAACUCCAACACAAAACUUUGUUUAAACGAUUUAAGCCAUUAUUUAAUAAAUUCGAAACUCAACAUAAUACCCAGUAAAAGAUAGUCAGAUAGUGUUGUGGGCGGGACAUUAAGUCAGACUCGGUGGUGAGUGAAACCGAAGCAGAGGGACAGACACAGAGCUGUAGCGGAGCUACAGUAGCGCACUUUUUAAUUAUCGGUUAUCAGGCAAAUAAAACGCAGAUACCGAUAAUCUGAAAACUGCCAAAACACGGGCCGAUAACUGGUCUAUCCCUA